CUGCUCCUCGCCCAGCCCACGAGCGCGUUGCCCCAAGACGCGACGGCACCCAUGCCCCAGUCCGGGGAGCGGGCGGCGCUCGCAGCCGAAGGUGUGUGAUGAGGGGUUGAGCGCGUGGCGGCCGGCGGCGUCGUUCCCCACUGAACCAAACGCGGGAGGAAAGCGGCGCGCUCCAGCUCAGCUUGCCGCGCGCGGGGCGGGGCGCGGCUGCGGGGGGGUGCCCAGCCGCCCGCGGGGAGCUGCGGAGGAGCAGGCGCGCUGCGGACCGGAGGGCUAAAGCAUUGCUAUCAACGGUGAGUCCAGAAAGCCCGUCCUAAGCCAACACGCUAACUCUGCAGCCUCCUCACGCCCCCAAACCACCAAAGGUGGCGACAUCUGAUCCAGCGCACAAACACGAGUCCCUUCUGUCCCCGGAUACGAUUACGCGGCAGAGACAUACUCAAACUCACGCGCAGCAGCCAAGAAACGAGCUAUGAAGUCUUAUACUCCAUAUUUCAUGCUCCUGUGGAGUGCUGUCGGGAUGGCGAAGGCUGCCAAAAUCAUCAUCGUGCCGCCAAUUAUGUUUGAAAGCCAUAUGUACAUUUUCAAGACGCUAGCCUCGGCCUUGCACGAGAGAGGCCACCACACAGUGUUCCUCCUCUCCGAAGGCAGAGAUAUCGCUCCAUCUAAUCAUUACAGCCUCCAGCGCUACCCAGGGAUCUUUAACAGUACCACCUCAGAUGCUUUCCUGCAGUCCAAAAUGAGAAAUAUUUUCUCUGGGAGAUUGACAGCAAUUGAACUGUUUGACAUACUGGAUCACUAUACUAAGAAUUGUGAUAUGAUAGUUGGCAACCGUGCCCUGAUUCAGGCUCUGAAAAAGGAAAAGUUUGACCUGCUGCUGGUGGACCCUAAUGACAUGUGUGGAUUUGUGAUAGCUCAUCUUUUAGGGGUUAAAUAUGCUGUAUUUUCAACUGGCCUUUGGUAUCCUGCUGAAGUAGGCGCUCCUGCUCCGUUAGCUUAUGUUCCAGAGUUUAACUCACUCCUCACAGACCACAUGAACUUGCUGCAAAGGAUGAAAAAUACCGGCAUUUACCUCAUUUCCAGACUAGGAGUCAGCUUUCUGGUUCUUCCCAAGUAUGAAAGGAUAAUGCAGAAGUACAGCCUGCUGCCGGAGAAGUCCAUGUAUGAUUUGGUUCAUGGGUCCAGCCUGUGGAUGCUGUGUACUGACGUAGCACUGGAAUUUCCAAGACCCACCCUGCCUAAUGUUGUUUAUGUAGGAGGAAUCCUAACCAAACCAGCCAGCCCGCUACCAGAAGAUCUGCAAAAGUGGGUAAAUGGUGCUAACGAACAUGGCUUUGUCUUGGUGUCUUUUGGAGCUGGUGUCAAGUAUUUGUCAGAAGACAUUGCUAACAAACUGGCAGGAGCUCUGGCAAGAUUGCCUCAAAAAGUGAUUUGGAGGUUUUCUGGAACCAAACCAAAGAAUCUGGGAAACAACACUAAGCUCAUAGAAUGGUUACCACAGAAUGACUUGCUUGGGCACUCAAAUAUUAAAGCAUUUCUGAGCCAUGGUGGUUUGAACAGUAUUUUUGAAACUAUGUACCACGGCGUACCUGUAGUGGGAAUCCCGCUCUUUGGAGACCAUUAUGAUACCAUGACCCGGGUACAAGCAAAAGGCAUGGGGAUAUUGCUAGAAUGGAAGACAGUUACUGAAGGAGAGCUGUAUGAAGCACUGAUGAAAGUUAUUAAUAAUCCAAGCUACCGUCAGAGAGCCCAGAAGCUGUCGGAAAUUCACAAGGAUCAACCUGGUCACCCUGUCAAUCGGACUAUCUAUUGGAUAGAUUACAUUCUUCGCCACAAUGGAGCCCAUCACCUACGUGCCGCUGUUUAUCAAAUCUCUUUCUGUCAGUAUUUUUUACUGGAUAUUGCCUUUGUGCUUUUGCUUGGUGCUGCCUUGUUUUACUUCCUUUUAUCCUGGGUGACAAAAUUUGUCUACAGAAAAAUCAAAAGUCUCUGGUCUAGAAAUAAGCAUAGCACAGUUAAUGGACAUUACCACAAUGGAAUCCUCAAUGGCAAGUACAAACGAAAUGGCCAUAUUAAACACGAAAAGAAGGUAAAAUGAGCCAACAGUCCAGGUGAUGUUAACAAAUCUGUUCAGUCAUUG